AUGACAGAAAACAAUGAAAUAAAAAAAACGGCUAUUUUAAAUUAUUUGAAUUCUGGUAUACCUGCUGUUUCACUCGUUUUCAUUACAGUAUAUGCUACAAUUGUGGCCGCAAAACCUGCACAACAAAAAUCUCUCGGAAAAACAUCGGAAACAAAGAGUACGACAAUUACAUCAACAAAUAAACAACGAUCCAAAAGUACUGAAUACAACACUAAGAAUUUACAGAAAAUUACACCGAAACCAAUUCAUCGUCCUACCAAACUAAGCAGCAGCAAUAUAGGCUCUAUUUCAGAUCCAACGACUCAACAAAGACGGAAUUCCUUGAGGGCUUCAAAAACAAAAUACUCCGCUUUUACAAUACAAAACUCUAGCACCACGCCAGAAGACCCCGUCGAAGCACAAAUUGCUUCGGAGUUAAUAAAAGAGUUAAGAGAUGAAGUACCGACAAAAAGACAAAAUAACGAAAAAUUCAAACCUCUAGCAGGAAUUCAAUUUCAAAAUACGUUCAAAAUACAUCUUAGUAGAAGUUCGCGUAUGCCUAUACCGCUGCCGGAAAAUAAUGCUUUUUGCUUUACAAACCCAAACAGCCCUUUAUGUAGGACAUUUAUAUAA